AUGUUCUACGCGUGUCUCUCGAUUCUUCUCCUCUUCGUCAUUAUGUGUUUUUGUGUUUCCCUUGCAAUCAUCGAUCUUGAUGUGUACAAUUUUGGACUUUACAUUGUCCUCCUUUGCAUUGUUGGCACAAUGCUCGCCUGUGCGCUUUGUAUAGCAAAUCCGGGCGCUUGUCCGAAUCCCGUUUGGUACACAACAUUUUGUUUGAUGUUAAAUGAAUAUGUUCAAGAAAUGUAUCCAUUACCCGAUGGAGCGUCGAGUCCAAAAAUGAACGGUCUUCGAUCACGAAUGAUGGCAAUGCAGGGGGCAUCGAUGGCGAGUCAGAGUCAAAAUCAAACUCAUCCGUCACAAAGCGGCGAGCAAAGUACACGAUUGCCGUUGAGACAAGAGUCACGAGCAACUGUAGCCAUGCUUGCACCAGCUGUUCACAUCAUGCAUCAGGUAUGGCGAGGAAUGGCUUGGGUAACGGACGCGGUUGAAGAAGACGACGAUGAUCCUACGCAAAGCUACGAUCGAGUAGAACAAGGAACUGCAUCAAAUACAUCAGAGGCUUUCAAGAGACUCUCAACGAUUGCCGAGUCGAGUUGCAGCAUUGUCAGGGAAAUGGAAGAAAUGAGCAGCUCAUACAACUCGAAAAACGAUAUCACUUUA